GGAGAUGCCCUGGGUCCUGGCCUGCCUUUUUAGCCCUGUCUCAGGAACACUGGCCCACAGCCUCUCCCCAAUGGAUCUUAAAGCGCUAAGACAUUCCACCUCACAAGGACCCAGCAUCUAAUGCAAUCUCUGGCUUCAGGUAGACCCACGGAACAGGGAGGAGAUUGUGAAGCUGGUGAAUUUAGGCAAAGAAGAGAAUUCAAAUUCCUAGAGGAGAGGUGUAAACAAGCCACUGGGAAAGGACCGACUGAAGCACAGGGGAGGAGAGAAACCACCAGAAGAGCGAGCUGUUCUGGCCGAGGAAGCAAGCCCAGGGCCCCCAGAGUGUGGAUGCCUGCAGGGAGAGUGCAAACAGGGAGUUGGAGGUGCUGGGGGCCGGGGGAAGGCCCAGGCUGCGAUCCUCAUGCCGGCCCUGCUGCUGAUCCUGACCCUGAUUUCAGGGCUAGCUGGUGGAGCCAGCCUUCAGCCUGAACCAAUGAGCCACCAGGGCGUGUGCCCCAACCAGCUCAACCCCAACCUGUGGGUGGAUGCCCAGAGCACCUGUGAGAGGGAAUGCCAUGUGGACCAGGACUGCAGCGGCUUUGAAAAAUGCUGCACCAACGUGUGUGGGCUACAGAGCUGCGUGGCAGCUCGCUUUGCCGACGGCAGCUCGGCCGCCCCGGCACCGGCCGCCUCCUGCGAAAGCUUCGUUUGCCCCCAGCAGGGCUCUGACUGUGAUAUCUGGGAUGGCCAGCCUGUAUGCAAGUGCCGGGACCGCUGUGAGAAGGAGCCCAACUUCACCUGUGCGUCGGAUGGCCUCACCUACUACAACCGCUGCUACAUGGAUGCUGAGGCCUGCCUCCGGGGCCUCCGGCUCAGCGUGGUCCCCUGCAAGUACGUCUUCAGCUGGCCUCACACCAGCCCUGGGCCUCCAGAGACCACCGCCCCACCCACACCAGGGGCAGCCCCUGACAUCCCCAUCCCACCAGCCCUCUACAGUAACCCCUUCCACCAGUCAGUCUAUGCGGGGGGCACGGCUAGCUUCCACUGUGAUGUGAGUGGCCGCCCGACCCCAGAUAUCACCUGGGAGAAACAGAGCGACCAGCGGGAGAACUUCAUCAUGCGGCCUGAUCAGAUGUAUGGCAACGUGGUAGUCACCAACAUUGGUCAGCUGGUGGUCUAUAAUGCACGGCCUGAGGAUGCCGGGCUCUACACUUGCACUGCCCGCAAUGCCGCUGGCCUCCUCCGAGCCGACUUCCCCCUCUCUGUCAUCCAGCGGGAGCCUUCGAGAGGGGAGCUCCCAGUCCCCAGUCCUCCACCCCCUGCUCCAGCGGAGUGUCUGAAGGAACCAGACCGUCAAGCCUGCCAGGGCAGCAGCAGCCGAGUCCGAUGGCACUUUGAUGCCAAAAGGGGUGGGUGUACCACCUUCCAAGACAAUGGCUGUGAUGGGGACAAUGGCAACCGAUUUGAGACAUACGAGGCAUGCCAACGGGCCUGUGUCCGGGGCCCUGGGGAUGCCUGCAUCCUACCUGCAGUGCAAGGUCCUUGCAGGAGCUGGGAGGCUCGCUGGGCCUAUAGCCCACUACUUAAACAGUGCCAUUCAUUUGUGUAUGGGGGUUGUGAAGGCAAUGCCAACAACUUUGAAAGCCGGGAGAGCUGUGAGGAUGCGUGCCCUUUCCCCAGGACACUGCCCUGCAAGGCCUGCAGGCUCAAAAGCAAGAUGGCUCUGAGUCUGUGCCGCAGUGACUUUGCCAUCGUGGGGCGACUGACGGAAGUGAUUGAGGAGCCUGACGCUGGCAUUGCCCGAUUUGCCCUGGAGGGCGUCCUCAAGGAUGAUAAGAUGGGCCUCAAGUUCUUUGACACCAAGUAUCUGGAGGUGACGCUGACGGGCAUAGACUGGGAUUGUCCCUGUCCCAACAUGACUGCUGGAGAUGGGCCGCUGGUCAUCAUGGGUGAGGUGCACGAUGGUGUGGCAGUGCUCCACCCCAGCAGCUAUGUCAGGGCUGCCAGUGAUAAGCGAGUCAAGAAAAUCUUAGAGUUGAUCGAGAAGAAGGCCUGUGAGCUGCUCAACCGUUUUCAGGACUAAGCCUGGGUGUAUGGUUGGCCACAGGCAUGACACAGCCCUGAAGGGGGGUAGUUCUGGCCAGUCCCCAAACCCUCCUAGACCCAGCCUGUCCUCUCCAGAGUAGGUGAAUAAAAGGUGUUUUUCUCUCAAGUCCUUCUUACCCUUCUACCCUUUCUCGAGGAGAGGGACCCAAAAUAGAUUGAGGCCCAGAAAUAAAAGGUAUCCCCCUUGCCUCUCGAUAGUUUCCCUUAGCUGCUGUCUUGUGUGCCACCCUGACAGCUGUGCAAACACUCCCUCUCCUCCCAAACAUCACUAACUCCCAGACCCGGAUUCUCAGUCGUUUGGGGCUCUGCUCUUCUUGGUCAGUCCAACAGCCGUAUUGCCCUCUAGGUCAGUGGGGGAAGAGGGAAGAGGGUAGGAACUGCUCUUUCCACAAGCCACAGGAGGCCCGGGAGACGGCCACAGUU